CCCUCCUGGGCCCUCCUGAAGUCCCGCUGCUCCCCAGUGGCACAGUGGGUGCUUUUUCUGACCAGAUCCCCCUGGGUCUUGUCCUGACAGAUGCCGCCUCCCUCAAGAGGGCUUAUCAGUUGAUUAAGUCCGCCAACCUGGGGAAAUCAGAGUUUGACCCCACAGAAAGCUUCAGCCCCGACCUGUUUGUUUUGUGUGCUGAGCAGGCCCUGAAGAUGGGGCAGCGGGAGGUGAGCGAGCACUGUGUCCAGAUGUACUUCAAGGUGAAGGGGCCGGUCACACAGUUUCUGGGCCGAGCGCACCUGUGCAGGGCCCAGCUGUGUGCCCCCACGUCCACCGAGAACAUGGAGGAAUUUGAAAAUUGCGUGACUCAGUACAUGAAGGCGAUCAACUUCGCAAAAGGAGAACCGAGGUAUUACUUCCUGGUGUACAACGCAUCGGUCCUCUACUGGCAGAUGGUGAGGCCGUUUCUCAAGCCUGGGUAUCAUCACCAUCUGAUCCCCAGCCUGUCCCAGAUUGUAAACGUGUUGAAUCAGAUUGAGGAGGAAGACAAGGACUGGCGGGCCGAGCUGAUGCUGGAGCUUCUGGAAUGUUACCUAGAAGCUGGAAAAAAGGAGGAGGCCGUGAAGUUUUGUGCCGCAGCAGCGCCAUUCAUAAAGGCGAACGUGCCGCACAGAUACCACCAGAUGUUCGCCCUCAUGGUCCGACAUGAAUUAAUGGAUGAACUUUGGUUACAGCAAGAAAAGAGGACGUCCGUCAGCCUGUCCGUCACUUUCGACAUUAAUACGCUAAAAGCGAAACUGGAGAACAAUGACCUACCUGAAGACAGCGCCACAGUUCUGAGGGAGGCCUGUGCACGUUUACGUUGUUACAACCACCAGCGCUCUCCUUCGGUCAGAGAGGAAGAAAUUCUUUUGCUUUUUGAAUUAGCUCAUCUUUCCCUGAUCUUGAAAUGUGAGGAGGUCGCGUCUCACUGCCUCUCAGACUUGAAGAAAAUGGACAGCAAAGACCCUGGGAAGCUGAUUGAAAUGGAGUGUCUGGAGUAUGAAAUACAAGCCUUAAGACUUGAAAAUAAAAUUAAAGUCUACGCCCGAGAGGCUGUGGAGAGACAGCUGAACAUCAUACAGAGACUAGACGUCGCACUCCAGCAAGCCAUCCGCCUGGGCGACCCCCAGGUCAUCCACGUAGUGUGCGCCACCCAGUGGAACACCUGUCUCCCUCUGCUGCAGCACAACCUGCGGCACCACCUGCGGAAGCCGCUGACCAACAUUGCGGAGAUCCUGGAGAAGGUGGACAGCCUCGUGGUGACACUUCGCUGCCAUGUACACAUGGAGGUGGCGUGCAUCGAGGAGGACGAGGACCGGCUGGAGCCCGCCAUGGCGCACCUGCGGAAGGCCCUGCUCCUGGACAGCCUGGGCCACCACCAGGAUGAGCUCCUCAUGGCCCUCAACCGCCUGCACCUCUGCACCAUGCUGUACCAGACCCCUGAGCGUGCCGAGGACAAGGCCACCAUGGCCAUCGAGCAGGCCAAGAAGGCUAUGCCCAAGGACAGCGUGCGGAAGAAGCGGGCUCUCCUGGUGAAGGCAGGCCUGGCCCUGGCCCCUGACGCCUUCCAGACUGUGCUGGACAGUGAGAACGCGACCAAAGUCUCCAUCGGGAAGAACAGGGGCCGGUUCACCUACCUGUUCGCGAAGGCACGGCACCACUCCCUCAGCGUGGACAAGGCCACUGGGCACCUCCGGCGCCUGGGGAACCAGAACGCCAAGGAGAGAAUCCAGAUCUGGGCCGAGCUCACCAAGGUGGCCCGGAAGCAAGGUGUGUGGGACGUGUGCCGGGCGGCCAGCCGCUUCUGCCUGCUGUAUGACAGUGCCAAGGUGAAGAAGCCGGCACGGGUGGGGAAAGGGAAGAAGAGGAGGGACAGAGCCGGCUCCAAGCAGGACUCUGGGGGCGCGUCGGACGCCACCCUGCAGAGGCGGGUGUCCCCCAGCCUGCUGCGCGUGUUCGCGGAGGUGGGCUUCAUCAGCGCAGAGGCCACCAUCCACCUGCUGCAGGCAGAAGGCGUGCAGCUGAAUGAUCACCCCACGCCCCCUGAGGACCUGAGCCAGCACCCGAUGGGCUACACGCCCGAGUCCCCCGAGGACAAUGCGGAGUGGAUCAUGUACCGGACCUGGAUAGAGGGCCUGUCGCAGCAGGCCAUGAACAGCUGGCUGCGGUCCGCUGAGAUCGGGCAGGAGAUACAGGAGGUGUGGAUCGUGCAGAACGCCGUGGUCUAUGUCCUGAACCACAACCACCACCUCAUCAUGGCCGGACGGCAGAAGGAGCUUGUGGACGCCCUGUACCACCUCCUGGGCAUCGUCAAGGCCACGGGCCACGGCGGAGACCCCCUGGUGCUGGUCACGCUGUGCAAUACUCUGGCUCGUGGCUUGAUCAGCAGCUGGAUCCCAGCCCCAACACCAGAAAGGUCCAGACGGCAAGUGCGCACCAACCCACUGCAUGCUCCGCUGGACGGGGAAGCCGCCUCUGAAGUCAGGACCGCACUGGAGGUCUGCGAGUUUGCCCUGACCCUGGCCAGCGGGUUGGGGCCUGAGGAGGCCAUGCCCCUCUGUGCCUGGCAGCAGCUCGUCGCCACCUGGGUGAAGACCAUGCAGCUGCUGCAGCAGCAGGUCUGGCCACGGCUGGGCGCCGACGAGCAGGUAGGUAGCACCGAGGACAUCAGCUCGGUGACCAGAGUUCUCACGGCUCUGGAGAUGUACUCCUGCAAUGGCCUGGGCCUCAUGGACUUCACGGUGCCCCCCUUGGCUGAGCUGGUGAAGAUGGCCUCCGAGUGCAGCUGGUCGGACCCCCUGGUGGAGGUGCAGACCCUGACGCGACUGACUCACUUCACCUACAUGUCCCGGGACCACGAGGCCACCAUGGCGUGCUCAGAGAGGGCCAUCCAGAUGGGCAUCCGGUGGCUGCGGGCCCUCAGUCCGGACAGUGAGGAGACUCACCCCACACGCGCCAGGUCGCGGCCGGCGAGGACGGCAACCCACAGCUUUCAGAAGAAGGCCGUCGCCUGCGCCGUGGAAGCACGAGUCUUCUCAGGAACCAUCACUGGAAGCUGGAAGAAAGCGGAGCAUUCUAAGGAGAAGAAUCAUUUCCGAUUCUACACUAUUCACGUGAAGGAAUAUAUGUUUGGGGGCCUCGCGGGGAGCAGCGCCUUGGUGAUGCUGGCCGCGCGGCACUACUGGAACGCCUGGCUCCCGCUGCUGUCUUCCGCGGUCAACAGGAAGAAAUGUAAGAGCGCCACCCAGCGGAUCAUCAGCAUCAUCAACCGGACGGAGGCCAGAAAGCAGGAAAAAGGAAAAACGCUGUUUCUGCACCAGUGGCCUACAGCAGAUUUCCAAAUUGGAGGGAUGACUGACGACCAUUUUCUCUCAGGGGCAGAGGACGACCUGACCCUGCGGGCCGCACUCUACGGGCUGCUCUUCCACAGCCACGCGGACCGGGAUGACUGGGAGGGCGGCCUCAAGGUGCUGGACGAGGCGGUGCAGGUGCUGCCGCGGACGGCCCACCGCCUCUUGAUUUUCAAACACAUGGUCAUCGUGAAGGCCAAACUGGGGCAGAACUUUACAAUGGAAAUUCAGAAAUUCAAGGACGAGAGUGAGGACUACCUGGCGCACAUGUGGCACCGCCUGGCCUUGAACUCAAAGAGCAUCCACGGGGAGCUGACCUGCUACCACAACGCCAUCCACGCCCUGCAGAAGCCAGAGAGUGACUGGCAAAAGGUUGACUACAUCGUGGAAUUCAGCGAGUGGCUGUAUCACAGACAGUUUCCUAUUGAGGACGUGAUCUUCCACCUGAAGUGGGCGAUUGACAUCCUGCUGAGGAUGCAGCCAGACAGUGACACACCCGAGCCUGCAGGACUUGCUGGGGACAGCAGGGCCAUCGCCCCGCCCUCCAGGCAGAGAUUCUUUGCAAUUCUUUUAAAAGAACUGCCAGAAGUCGCUCAAGUGCGCUCUUCAUCAGAGACACUGCACUGUUCACUUUGCGGAGCUGACGAGCCCUUCCUGACAGUCCACGGUCUGCCCCCAGCCGUGUGUCCCCCGGGCCCUGAGCCCACGCUGGGCGGGCUCCUGGCUUGGCCGCUCCCAAGCUUCGGUCACCCGCACCUCAGGUCCAAGGGUGCGGGAGGAGGGUGGGGCCCCCUUUCUGUUCCUAACGUUGCAAAUUUGGAUUUCAUUUCCCAGGUUUCCUUAUCAACAGCAGGAAAGUCAAUUUCAGAAAGUAAAAUUCUAGCAGCAGCAAGUUCACAUUUGUUGUUGCCUAAAAAAGAGAAGGAGAAGAGCAAAGACAAAGACAAGGAGAAGGACAAGGACAGGGGCAGAGACCCGAAGCAGAGACCCGGGCGGGCGCGGGGCCCAGGCAGCCCUGAAGGCUCCCAGCCCCGGCACCCGGCACCCUCUCCCUGUCAACCCCCCACUCCUCGCAGACGGCUUGAGGAUUUACCAGCAAGCGUGGACGAGUGGGCUUCCUACUCCUGCCCUGAGGAAGUGGUAUCUGUGUUCAAACAGGACCAGAGCAACUUUACUGUUAACUCUUCAAGCAUCCAGAAGCCGACGCACAGUUUGUAUUAUCUGGAUCACCUGGCCGAGGCCCUGCAGAAGCUGUUCCUCCACGAGCUCGCGGUCCCGGUCCUGCAGCUGGGCGCACUGAUUGCAGCCUCCGUGGUGGGAAGCAAAGGCCUGGAAGACCUCUACCACCUGCGACUGGCCCUGGUCUGUUCCGAGUUGAAGCUGAGGGACGCAGCAGCGUUCCACGAAGACCUGGCCGGGCAGACGCACAUGGGGGAUGCGGAGCAGGCGAGCUGCAGAAAAGAAAUUGCCUUGAGAAAGGAGAAAAAUAAGGAACCACUGCUGGAAGAAAGUCUGCCAACACUGACCGAGCGCCCCCCGGCAGCCCAGCAGACAGAGACGAAGCCCCUUGUGGCGAGGGAUCAGAUUCUGCAGGUAAACGGAGAGACCGGGAGGGGCCUGGAAGGAACGUCCUUCCCUCUGUUGUGGACCCUCAAGGCAGAGGUUCUGCUUGCGAUGGACCUCUACCAGCCUGCGAGGCUGCUCUUGUCAGAGGCGCACCGGGCCUUCCAGGAGCUCGACGAUCCUUGUGCAGAAUCGAAGUGCCUGCAGCUUUUAGCCCAGUUGGCAAAUAAGGAGAAGAACUACGGACUAGCUCAGAAGAUGAUUGAGAGGGCCCAGCGCCUGGGGGGCGGCGAGCAGUUCUGGUACAGCCGCAUGUCCGGAGACCGCCUCAGGGCCUCUCCCGCUGCCCGGGCCGGGCGGGCGGCGUGGGGACAGACCCCAGGCAGGAGCGCCGUGUCUGCGGCGGCUGCCGGCUUUCAGCUUGUCCUUGAGCCGUCCUUCCAGGAGCUUCUCCUGGAAAAUGGUUUCCCGGCUCCUUCCUCGUGUGUGCACCUCCAGAUCCAGGCCUCCCAGGAGCUGGCUGAGGGCGAGUCCCCCGCGUGCUCGUCUCUGCUGAUGGAAAUGGACGACCGCUUGCUGGGAAUCGAGGAGAAGUUUAUCAGCUGCGGCUGCCAGGAGAAGUGUGUGGAGAUAAAGCUGGAGCGGGCCAAACUCAAGAGGUUGCGUGCCUGGGGCGAGAAGGAUGCGGAGCGGAAGACUGCGUGCCUGCUGGAAGCCUACGACCUGGUCCAGAGCUCCGUAGCGGAUGAGGAGGCGGUGUUUCACGAGGUUCGGGGCCUGCUGUCCUCCACGCAGGGUAGCGUCAGCUCGCCUCUGAUGAGGAGGCUGGCCCACCUCAAGCUCAGCCUGGCGGAGCUCUGUCUGGACACCCUCCAGCAGACAGGGGAGGAGACCCUGGAGCGGCAGCUGGAGCAGGGCUCCGAGGACAAGCUGCUGGCCGACUACCUGCAGAGCCUGCUUGACUGCACGCCCGUCGGCCUGGUAACUGUCCUGGACACACCCUGGGCCCCGACCUCGGCCAGGCCAGGGCCCCCACCCAUGGGAGCCGUCGUGCUAUGCGGGUCUCCAGCCCGGGUGCGGUGGGAGCCUGGGAGGCUGGACUUCACAAGCCCCCCGAGAUCUCUGACCACAAGGCCCCGAAGCCUGGAGGCCUGUCCGACAGAAGCCCCCCACCUGGCGACGGUGGCAGUGCGUGCCGGCCUGCAGCCCCACAAGGCUGCCCAGCAGGCCCAGUGCCCCGGGGGGCCCCCACCCCUCGGAAGGAACUCUGGUGACCACCACUGCCACUGUCGGCCGUGGAAGCUCCAGGUCACCAUCCUAAACAGACGCCAGCUCCUCCAAGGGGACGGCACCUGCCCGGCAGUGAAGCCAGGCUCGUCCCCACUGCCCCAAGGAGCAGCUAGGUGCCACGCCCCCGUGCAAUCCGGGGCCAGGGCCCCGGCCUCCCCGACCGCACUGGGCGUGUGGGCCCAGCCGGGCGCUGAGCUGAACAACCUCAAGUGUCCAGAGACAGUCCAGGAGGACGGGGACCGCAAGGGGCCCUACAGCGACCUGCCGGCCUUCAGGGCAGCCCCUGAGGAGCACAGCGGGAAAGGGUCGGACCUGAAGGGGAGGCUGGCGCGGGCCCGGAGGUACCUGGCCCAGGCAUCAGAGGUGCUGCUGCAGUGUCUGCAGGUGGCCCUGGGCAGCGGCCUCUUGGACGUCGCUGGCGCUGCCAGCCUGGAGAUGGUGGAGUGCUUCGGCUGCCUGGACCCCGCGGCCGCCUGCCAGUUCCUGGCGCUGUCGCAGAGCUGCUCAGCCUCGGAGAUGAUGCGGGACAUCCUGCUCACGGCCACCGCCAACACCAGCAGCUCGCAGCUGGCGGCCCUGCUGCAGCUCCAGCACAGGCUGAGGCUCCAGAAGAGGACGUCCACCAGCCUCUUUGCCAGCGUGGAGCAGAGACUGGCUGUCAUAUCCAAGGCUUGGCAAAAUCUCAGGGUCACUGAACAGCAUUUUAACCACUUGAAUGAAGUUCCUCCCACUUUCCGGAUCCUCUUUCUGCACCAUUCGCGGGACAGGACCCGUCUGUACGGCGCUGCCUACGAGAAGCCCCGGCUCACCCCUGCAGCCAAAGGCAAAAUGCUGCAGGUUGGGGGCUCCUGCAAGGUGGCGCGGACGGCUGUGAGCCCGGCCGCCCUCUCCUGCCUGCUGGCCAGCGCCCAGCAGUUCCGAGAGCAGACCCAGGCCGAGGCGUCCAGUGAGGACGUGGCCCUGAGCUCAGGCUUGGACCCAGAAAGCGUGCACCUUGAGAAGGAAGGACGCUCACUGCAGCGAUUCGCCGAGGUCAUGAAGGCCAUGGAGGAGUACCUGAAGCCGCUGCUCCCACUGCUCAGCUGCCCCCCAGAAGCCCGAGCACACAUCCCCGCAGCUGUGGCAGAUCCGGGAAAACCCAAGGGCAAAGACAAGGAGAGGAAGGCGUCCCUGCCCCAGGCGCAGCCCGAGGUCGCGGACAGCAUCGUGCUGGCCGUGGACCGGCCCCUCCUGGAGCUGCCACUUGAAGGGCUCCCCGUGUUCGGUGAAGGGACGAUCUCCUCCGUGUCUCGAGAAUUUUCUCUCCAGAUGCUGUGGACGCGGCUCCGCACAGAGACAGAGGGGAACACGAAGAAAGAGGCCAGAGGCAAAGACCACAAGAAGAGAGGCCCGGCAAAGAAGGGCCCGAAGGGCAGCGUGCCCCGGAUCAUCCCCGCAGACUGCAUCACCAUCGACUCGGACAACUUCAGAUUCAUGGUGGACCCCUACGAGGAGGCCCAGGGCACAGAAGUGCUGACUCCUGUCUCCGUAACCCGGGAAAUUUUGGAAAGAUUCCGUGAUACCUUCACUGCGAGAUGGGCGGGCCAUCUGGGAAAGAAGAACUUCCCAAGCCAGGCCGAGUGGGAGCAGCUCCUGGGCAGCUGCCAAGGCUUCUUCUUCUACGGGAUGGAGAGCUUCCUGUCCCACGUGAUGGUGGAGAGGUUGGCCGCCAUGAAUCUGCAAGACUGCCAGGUGAUGGUCCUGCUGGACCUGACGCGGUCCUACACCAGCAUGCGGCGGCGCCUGGAGUCCUCGGAGAACAAGAGUGCACUCCGGUUGUCCCUGGAGGAGCCCGUCCGGACUGCCAUCCUUCUGAGUCUGGUGGGGGUCCGCAGCAUCGUGGCGAACCAGUGGCCGACGGUCCUGCAGGACAAUGCGAUGCGGGCCAGCGUCCUGUGGGAGAAUCUGCUGGCAGUUGGCAAGUCCAUCGGGAGAACGACCCACCUCCUUCAGAAGAUGGGAGCCGGUGAAGCGGCGGACUGUGACGAGCCUCUGCAGACCUGGAAGGACAAGCUGGCGCUGCUCCGGCCACAGCUGCAGGGCGCAGAGCGGCUCCCCAUCGCCCUCAACAUGGUCCUCUACGGGCUGCCGCACCAGGCCAUCGUGUGACGGGGCCGCCUUCUCCCCCAGCCCCUCCCCGCAGGCCCUCUCCGCAGCCGGCUCAGCAUUUCCUUCCUGGACCAGUUCCUCCCCUUUCUGGGGUCUCCCCAGUGGAGCCCCUCCUUCAGUGACCUCCCGCCAGGCUGUCAGGCAGGGACUCCACCCCCCCUUCUGCACAGCACGGCACCUGCAAGUCUCCACCCUGAAGCCAGGGGCCCCGGGAGGGGGCUGGGCAGUGUGGGCGAGGGGGAGGGGUGUGUCCCGCUGACCCUAGAGCUGCCUGGACCUUCAGGCCUUCGGCUGCUCCAGGCUCUCCCUGUGCGGGCACUGGGUGGAGGACCCGCCUCCCGCAGGCCGCAGCAGGAGGAGGCUGGCGGUUGGGCACCCCCCACCAAGCCUUGCACACCCUGGCUCUGAGUUGUUGAAGCGCUUCAGUAAACAGCUAAGUCAGC